ACUCUAUCAUUGAAGAAGAGCAACUCAACUAGGUGCUUGCAGGAUGUUGAUUCGUGAUGUUAAUUUCAGACAUGUUUUUAAAAAGAUCACUUAGAAUUUUAGAGUAAAGAUGCGUCCGAUUUCACUGCCUUAUUAUUUAUUUGUAAACGCAUAAAUAACCCAAUGUGGCGGCUGAGCAAAGUUUGCCACAAAUCCAGUCGGCCUGACAACCCGGACCAGCUCAGACUGAAGAGGAGAGAGCAGGAGAAAGCUUUGAGACAGGCCCGCAGAGACAAACAUCUGUUCAGCAAGAGACUCCUGCACAAUGAAGAUGAGGAGCACAACACAGAAGAACAGGACGUGGUUGGUUUGUUUCACCAUCUUCAGAAAUGUGGUACAGAGAAAGAAUCCUUCUUGAAAGCUUUGAGUAGAGCCCUGCAUGACCCAUCAGCGCAGACUACAUUCAUCAAGUUGGAGAAUAGCAUGCAUCUGCUGGUGGGCCUCCUCACAGGCUCCAACUCUGAGUGCCGUCUUCUGGCUGUGCGCUGUCUUCAUGAACUGUCCCACUCCCCGCACAGCGCUGUCGCUUUGGCCUGUCUCCCGGCAACCUCAUACCUGCUCACGUACUUAUCUGGACAGAGUACCAAGUUUACUGAGCUGUGUCUUUACACGUUGGGAAAUUUGUGUCCUGAAAAUGAUGCUGUGAAGGAGAAGCUGCUUUCUCAGGGAAUAAUACCUGCUCUGACAAACUGUUUAGAGACACAGAUGCAUAACUUGGCUUUGGUAGAAGCUGUUGGAUUCACACUCUCUCAGCUGUUGCAAGGUACAAAAGCAGCAGAGAAAGUUACACUGAUUGUCACAGCUUCACGGCUUCCUUUACUCUUGUGUUCAGUUCUCUCUUCUCCUGACCCAAAGUUUGGUUUGGCUCCGAUGAUUGAAUGUGCCUGGUCUCUGCAUUAUCUUAUUAGCAGCACUCCUGGCAAUUGCAGCGUUUUCUUGUCUCACGGGGCUCUCUCAAAAUGCAGUUCCCUGUUGGUAUCAAUAGGUGGCUCUGUUGCUGAAGAAAAGAAAGAUGAAGGACUGGAAUUGGUGGUGUGGCCCCUCCUACGUUGUGUGGGAAACCUUUUGUCUUCCUGUUCCGCGGAGCACCUGAGUGGACAGGUGGAUGUCCAUCUCCCGGCUGCUCUGUGUGCUCUUCUUAAUGGUUACCUGAAGAUACAGCCCGCACUGGCCCGAGAGGCAGCCUGGGUACUCAAUAAUCUCACAGCUCACUCAGCUGACUUGUGCUCAGCGCUUCUAACACUGAACCUGGUCCCUUGUCUCAUCCAGCUUCUUCCUUUCUCUCAAGGCAUCAAUACUAUGAUCCUCAGAGUGCUUGCAAACGUUGCUCACCAAAAGAAGGCCUUUUGUGUUCAGCUUGUGCAUCUUGGACUUCUGUCUGCUCUCUGUGCCACUCUCAAAAUGGCUGAGACAGAAAUGGUGGUCUUAAGUCUGGAUGUUCUGUAUAUGCUGAUUGAUGAUAACUUAGAGGUUGCAGAGGAAUUUGUAAAGCAGGGUGGACUUUUAACGAUAGAAGCCCUGCAGUACAACAAUGAAAGAGAGCUGCGUCAAAGAGCACUGUAUCUCCUUGAACACAAAUUAUGCUAUUGUCAUUGAUGCAAUUGACACAAGUUUUUAACAUUUUGUUUCUGGAUUAAAUGAAUAAAUUUUUAACUUGUACAGAAAUACUUAAAUAUGACAUUUGUAUAUAAGUUUGCAUGUGAACUAUUGGGGUAUUGUGUAGUUAGGCCUUUUAAUGUCUGAAUGUGUAUAUCAAACUUUGCAUUUUGUAUAAGAUGCCUUUAUAUUUUUAAGCACUCAUACCUUGUUGUGUGUACACAACAUAACACUUAAUGAAAUAAAAGUGGCCCUACUCCUAUGUGUAUUUUGCAUCUUACAACCAAUACUGACCAUGGAUCUGACUCAGCUAAGUGGAAGUUUAAAUGAGGUCUCCAUUUUGAAUGUCGCGUUAUUACUGCCCCUCCUCUGAAGUUAUCUCAAAUUUCCCAACUUCCUCUUCAGACUUCCUUUCCAAACGUUCCCCGCUGUCAUCCUUCAAUAAACAAGCAGAAUAAACAAGUUUUGUGGCAAUGGAGGACAGUGGAGUCCGAUCUCGAAAUACUGCGCAGGGGAAGCAGGGGGACGCAGACAGAACGGAGUUAUUGACCACGAAGCCUUUGCACCGCUUUGUCCAAAGAGACCCCAAAAGUCUCGGGGUUGUCCUUUUGAUGUUUGGAUGCGCAGAGGUCCUCUUUGGGUUUCUGUUGGCUGGUGAUGGGGAUAGGCUCACCACCUCCAGUUACAUCUAUACUCCCUACUGGCAAGGAGCUCUGUUUAUUAUCUGUGGAAUUCUGUCCAUUUACACUGGGAUACAUCCUUCCAAGAAGAUGAUUACAGUGUGUCUGAGUAUGUAUGUGGUUUCCCUGAUUGGAGUCAUUGUCUCCUCCAUCUACAGAAUCAUCUCAAUGAGUGUUAUGGGACAUAACAGAUACAGAUACUUCAAAAUACACUGGUUUGAAAAAAGUGCAGAAAUUUUGACUGCUCUUGAGGUCCUGCUCUUUCUCAGCUCCUUGUGUGUGUUUGGGCUGCUCAUUUUCUUGUGUAUCGUCGCUCGGUUAGCUCUGAAGUCAACACGCACACAAAUUAUUCUUCAGCAGAUCCCCCCACCAGUAACCGAGACACCAACAGAGGAGACCUAAUACUGUAUAUCUUACAUCAGUACAGUAUUAAUGGACUGGCUACUUCAUUAUAAUCUUCACCCAGCAGUGCACUACUAGCCACUAAUGAAAACUAAUAUAUUUCAAAAUCAAACUAAUCUCUAUAUUUGUAUGAUUUUUUUUUUUUUUUUUACUAUAACUUAAAAAGUUAUAGUGCUUGUAACAUGCACUUAAUUACGGGUGUCGCUUCAUGUUUACACAAGUUGCCUUUUUAUAUUUUUUUAUUUUCUAUUUUAACAGAAAGCACCUGUGUUAACUGUGAAUGUUUAUCAUUGUGUUGAUUACAUUACUGCUCUGUUUGUGAUGUGCUGUGAUAAUGUUCCAGUUAUUAAAAUUUUCAUGUUUCAGUG